AUGCCGCUCAGCAUGAUCGAGGCUCUCUCAUGUAGCGCCCUGACAGGUUUUUGUAAGUCUGAUUUCGAUCGUGUUGUUGAGGCACUGAAGAUACCUUCCUAUAUUGGGGCAUAUUCAUUUGAUGCUUUUGAAUGCUUCUUCAUUUUCAUUGCUAGAUUGAAGAGUGGUUGCACUUAUACCGUCCUGACUAGCCUUUGUGGAAGGGAAGCUUCAACAAUUUCAAGAAUCAUAACAUUUGUGACGUGCUACCUGUUUCAUAUUGCAAGUCCAUGUCUGUCUGUUACUAACGCAUCAUGGCUUGCUGAUCGUCUUGCCAACAUCGACCAAAGCCUUUUAAGUUCAAGCAGGUCAAUCUCUAACAGUAGAAUCGUGGGAUUUAUCGAUGGCACGCACGUUAAGAUAGCCCGGCCGCACGGAAACGCGAGACUAGAAUGUGUGGCUUACAGCGGACACAAGAAAACACAUACCCUAAAGUAUCAGGCAGUAACCACCCCAGAUGGUAUAUGUAUAGACCUGGCGGGGCCUUUUGCCGGCAGCCAGCAUGAUUCCUUUCUUUUUACAAAUAGUGGUCUGUACCGUAGACUAAAGCCAGCACUAAAGGUCGGUGGUAUUCAAUAUAGGAUAUUUGGGGACCCCGCCUACCGAAGUUCAGACUUGCUGACGGUCGGGUAUAAGGGACAGAACUUAACAAAUGGGCAAAAAGAGUACAAUACGAUUUUAUCUGGCUCGCGCGUAUCAAUCGAGUGGUUUUUCGGCGAAGUCAAAAACAAUUUCCAAAUCUUUAAUAUUCUGGGAAGACUGAAAGUAGGAGGUGUGAGAUUUUGUGGUGCUUAUUUCACUAUUGCUGUAUUCCUAACAAACCUUAAGCAUUGCUUAGAAGGAUCCCAAGGUUCUAAGUAUUUUAAUAUUUCUCCACCACGCUUUGAAGAGUACAUGAAUGGACUCAAGUUCCCCCAAUAUUUCGAUGGCUUCCUUAUAGACGUCAAUGGAACUAGUUCUUUUUUCUCAAAACAAUACGAACACCUGAGUUUUGAUAGACUCGGAAAUAUAUUAUAA